AAAAAUAAAUACAGUUUUUGAACCAGUUCAGUAAAUACCUGUAAUAUUCUCGUCCACACAGUGGCUAAGUUUUGAAGCGAGCAGGAAUAUCUGGAGUUUAUCAUCUGAACUGAGAUCUGCUGCUGUGAAGAUGGAGUUUGUGAAAGAAGAGAGAGAAGAGAACACGAGUGAACCAGAAACCAGCACAAUAAAACAAGAAGAACCAGAAACCUGGAGAAUAAAACAAGAGGAACCAGAAAUAAAACAAGAGGAACCAGAAACAUGCAGAAUAAAACACGAGGAACCAGAAACUUUGAGAAUAAAACCAGAGGAACAAGAAACCUGGAGAAUAAAUCACGAGGAACCAGAAAUAAAACACGAGGAACAAGCAGAGUUCAUUGACGAAAAAGAGGAAAAUGAAGAAUCAAGUGAAGUUGAGGAGAAAAAUAAUGUCAAAACUGGUGGAAAACCUUGGAGUUGCUCUCAAACCAAACAAAAAGAUUUAAAGAAAAAAAGAGUUAACAUAUAUUUCACCUGCACUCAGUGUGAAAAGAGUUUCACAUGUAAAUCAAAACUUAAUAGUCAUAUGAGAGUUCAUACUGGAGAGAAACCUUACAAGUGUUCACACUGUGACAAGAGAUUCAGUCAAUCAUCAAAUCUGAAAAAACAUGAGAGGAUCCACACUGGAGAGAAACUGUAUAAGUGUUUACACUGUGACAAGAAAUUUAAUCAGACAACAGAUCUGAAAAAACAUGAGAGGAUUCACACUGGAGAGAAACCUUACAAGUGUUCACACUGUGACAAGAGAUUCAGUGUGUCAUCAGUUCUAAAAAUACAUGAGGUGAUCCACACUGGAGAGAAACCUUACAUGUGUUCACACUGUGACAAGAGAUUCAGUGAUUUAUCAAGUCUGAAAAAACAUGAGAGGAUCCACACUGGAGAGAAACCUUACAAGUGUUCACACUGUGACAAGAGAUUCGGUGUGUCAUCAAGUCUGAAAAGACAUGAGAUGAUCCACACUGGAGAGAAACCUUACAUGUGUUCACACUGUGACAAGAGAUUCAGUGAUUUAUCAAGUCUGAAAAAACAUGAGAGGAUCCACACUGGAGAGAAACCUUACAUGUGUUCACACUGUGACAAGAGAUUCAGUGAUUUAUCAAGUCUGAAAAACCAUGAGAGGAUUCACAAUGGAGAGAAACCUUACAUGUGUUCACACUGUGACAAGAGAUUCAGUGAUUUAUCAAGUCUGAAAAAACAUGAGAGGAUUCUUACUGGAGAGAAACCUCACAUGUGUUCACACUGUGACAAGAGAUUCGGUAAUUUAUCAAAUCUGAAAACACAUGAGAGGAUCCACAAUGGAGAGAAACCUUACAAGUGUUCACACUGUGACAAGAGAUUCAGUCAAUCAUCAAAUCUGAAAACACAUGAGAGGAUUCACACUGGAGAGAAACCUUACAUGUGUUCACACUGUGACAAGAAAUUCCGUCAAAUAGGAGAUCUGAAAACACAUGAGAGGAUUCACACUGGAGAGAAACCUUACAAGUGUUCACACUGUGACAAGAAAUUCCGUCAAAUAGGAGAUCUGAAAACACAUGAGAGGAUUCACACUGGAGAGAAACCUUACAAGUGUUCACACUGUGACAAGAAAUUCCGUCAAACAGGAGAUCUGAAAACACAUAAGAGGAUCCACAACGGAGAGAAACCUUAUAAGUGUUCACACUGUGACAAGAGAUUCAGUGGUUCAUCGAAUCUGAAGAGACAUGAUAGGAUUCACAACGGAGAGAAAGCACAUCACCGCAAUGACACAUAGACACUCAUUUAGCUGUAUAUGUAAAUAUUUUGUAUGGUAUAUGCAUUUCGUCCAGAUGGAUCCGGCAUUAGGGAGAGUUAAAAUGCUAUAUAUUUUUUUAAAACCAGGUCCCAGAGUGAAUAAACCUGAAAAUUACACCUUUUGAGUUUUUGUGUACUGCCAAUCCAUAUAUUUUGUGAAACAAUGAUGUCAUCACCCCACGUCUCGACCAUAGUCAG